UACAGAUGUCCGGCAACGCUAAAACUCGCUUUGUACAGGGCCAGCUCGUCGUUAUGCUGAGAAAAAUAAUGAAAAUUAAGUGAAAUUACACUGAAUUAAAAAGAAAAAGUGUAUAGAUUAUGUACAGAAUGUGUAUAGUAAUUAACCAAGUGUGAAUUUAACAGCCACAACAGUGUUUUUUGUCGUGUAUUCGCGCAGUGAAUAUAAUUUUCAUCGGCCGCAGGCAGCAGCAGCGCAGGCAGACAAGACUUGCUGCUGCAUACAAUUUAAUGUUCGUACUCGUACCGAGCUUGUCUUCUCACGCGAGUUCGUCGUUUUUAGUAUAUAUAGCCAGUCUAUGGACGGUCGAUGCGUGAAAAUAUUUCUAUGUCUAACAUAACCUCAAACUUACCGCUGCAGUCGGGGAAGUCGUCGUCAUCAGCGUCAACGUUGUUGGUGGAUAUUCUGCAGGAAGAAGAAGCACAGCUCUUUGAUUUGACAACAACAAACAGCAUCAUCAUCAUACGACAAUGAAUGAGAAAAUAAAGUCACCCUCAGCCCAAGGGGCAAGUGGUGGUCCAGGUCCAGUGGCAAGCGGUGCACCCGGCUCAGGAGGCGCUGCUCCACCAGGUGGGGCGGGAGGUGGCGCUACACCGCCCACCUCGGGACCGCCGACGCCAAAUAAUGGCAGCGAUGCCAUACAGCAGGGCGGCGGCACUGUACCGCAUCCCUAUGGUGGGCCACCGCCCGGUUCAGCGCCCGGCGCACCUCCUGAUCCCGCAGCUGUCAUGUCGCACUAUCACCAUUUGCAUCAGCAGCAACAACAGCAGCAGCCACAACAGCAGCAGCCACAACAUCCCCAGCAGGGUCCUCCCAUGCCACCACACAUGCAGCACCAUGGUGGACCGCCUCCAGGUGGUCCCCAAGGACCACUGCCGUUGCCCGGUGGACCAGAGCAUACGCCCGGCGGUGUGAAGGAUGAGUACGGGUCGGCGCACUUGCCACCACCACCACAACACCAGCAUGCCCAUCCCGCCUAUGCGCGCUAUCACGCUGGCGAUCCCAACAUUGAUCCCUAUCGCUAUGGACAUGCGCCCGCCCAGCAGCCACCGCCUGGCAGUAAACCGCCUCCACAUCAGCAGCAACAACAGCAGCAGCAACAGCCACCCGGUGCUGGUGGAUCACCAAAUCGACCGCCGCAACAGCGCUAUAUACCCGGACAACCGCCACAGGGUCCAACACCGACAUUAAACUCAUUAUUGCAAUCGUCAAACCCGCCGCCACCGCCCCAGCAUCGUUAUGCGAACAACUAUGAUUCGCAGCAAGUUGCCAAUGCGGCGGCUGCGGCAGCUGCAGCUCAACAGCAGCAACAACAACAGCAGCAGCAACAUCAACAGAAUGCUCAACAGCAAGCUGCCGGACCACCGCCUCCGCUGCCCGGUCAUGGGCCACCGCCGCCACAACACCAGCCCUAUGGUGGGCAACAGGGUGGCUGGGCGCCACCGCCAAGACCCUACAGUCCACAGCUAGGACCUUCGCAGCAGUACAGAACUCCUCCACCGCAAAAUACUUCCAGAGGUCAAUCACCAUAUCCGUCAGCUCACAGUCAAAACUCAGGUUCCUAUCCCAGUUCGCCCCAACAACAACAGCAGCAGCAGCAGGCGCAACAACAACAGGCGGCACAACAGUCCGGCGCACCUGGAGCACCAGGAGCGCCACCACCUGGCCCCUCACAGCAACAACAACAACAGCAGCAGCAAAAUACACCGCCCACUUCUCAAUAUUCGCCGUACCCGCAAAGAUACCCAACACCGCCAGGUUUACCGGCGUCUGGGCCCAAUCAUCGAACUGCCUACACAACGCACCAAUAUUCCGAACCAAAUAGACCGUGGCCCGGUGGUUCAUCGCCUAGUCCUGGUCCUGGCCAUCCAUUGCCGCCUGCCUCACCGCAUCAUGCGCCACUGCAACAACCGCCAACGCCGCAUUCCGCCGGUGGUGGACCGCCGCCCAGCAGCAGUCCGGGGCAUGCGCCGAGUCCAUCGCCGCAGCCCUCGCAGGCAUCGCCAUCGCCGCACCAGGAGUUGAUUGGACAGAAUAGUAACGAUAGUUCGAGUGGCGGGGCUCACAGUGGCAUGGGAUCUGGUCCACCGGGCACGCCGAAUCCACAGCAAGUCAUGAGGCCAACACCCUCGCCAACUGGCUCAUCAGGCUCAAGAUCAAUGUCUCCUGCAGUGGCACAAAAUCAUCCUAUCUCGCGUCCGGCGAGUAAUCAGUCAAGCAGCGGGGGUCCAAUGCAGCAACCAACUGUGGUCGCCGGCCCGCCACCGAUGCCGCCACACGGUCUACCUGGUGGGCCACCAUCUCAGCAGCAAUCUCAGCAGCAACAGGCUUCAAAUUCAGCAUCGUCCGCCAGCAAUUCGCCACAGCAGACGCCACCACCAGCCCCGCCGCCAAAUCAAAAUGUUAAUAAUAUGGCAACACCACCACCACCGCAAGGGUCGACAGGUGGUUAUCCCAUUCCGCAGCAUAUGCAUGGCAGUUACAAAAUGGGUGGACCGGGACAAAGUCCUGGCGCUCAAGGGUAUCCUCCUCAACAAUAUCCACAAGGCAAUUAUCCGCCACGCCCACAGUACCCAGCAGGUGCUUAUGGAACUGGGCCGCCACCUCCGCCAUCGAGCCAAGCCACUGGCGGAGCCAACAACAUGUCAUCCAGCGCACAAAGUGGCUAUCCACGAUCGAUGCCUAACCAUAGCGGUGGUAGCCCACAUCCACAGUAUCCACCAUAUCAGUGGGUGCCUCCAUCGCCGCAGCAACCUGGCGUGGGAUCGGGACAAAUUGGUGCUUCAAUGGGCAACCAUGUGCAAGGCAAGGGUACACCACCACCAGUUGGCCCAGGACCGCCACCACCACAAGGCAGUGGGUCGCCACGUCCCUUAAAUUAUCUGAAGCAGCAUUUACAGCACAAAGGUGGCUACGGUGCCAACCCAGCGGCGCCACAACCCCAAGGCUACGGCAAUGGACCGACUGCCAUGCAUCCGACCAUGCCAAUGGGUCCACCUCAUCAUAUGGGUCCGCCACAAAGCAUGGGUCCACCGACCAGUACGCCGCCGCAGUCGAUGAUGGGCGCACAGGCGGGCAACGAGAGUGGCCCAGAGCAUAUAUCGCAAGAUAAUGGAAUCAGUUCGUCGGGACCCGCAUCGGGCUUGCAUGCCGUUACCGCUGUGGUUACAACUGGCCCCGAUGGUACACCAAUGGAUGAAGUUAGUCAACAGAGCACGCUCUCGAAUGCUUCAGCUGCAUCUGGCGAAGAUCCACAAUGUACUACACCAAAGUCGCGCAAACAUGAUCCAUAUAGCCAAAGUCAUUUAGCACCACCAAGCACAUCUCCACAUCCAGCUGUCAUGCAUGGAGGCGGUGGUCCGUCUGGCGAGGAGUACGACAUGAAUUCACCACCCAAUUGGCCGCGACCAGCUGCUGGUUCGCAGGUGUUCAACAGUCAUGUUCCUGUUCAACAAGAACCAUUUCGUAGCACGAUUACGACAACAAAGAAGUCAGAUUCACUUUGCAAGCUAUACGAGAUGGAUGACAAUCCGGAUAGACGGGGUUGGCUAGACAAGCUGCGAUCCUUCAUGGAGGAACGUCGAACGCCAAUUACGGCGUGUCCGACCAUCUCUAAACAGCCACUCGAUUUAUAUAGGUUAUACAUUUAUGUAAAAGAACGUGGCGGAUUCGUCGAGGUAUGCAAGGUGACUAAGAGCAAAACAUGGAAGGAUAUAGCUGGUCUGCUCGGCAUCGGUGCUAGCAGCAGCGCUGCCUACACACUUCGCAAGCAUUAUACCAAGAAUCUGUUGGCAUUCGAGUGUCACUUUGAUCGAGGCGACAUCGAUCCGUUGCCUAUCAUCCAGCAAGUUGAGGCCGGUAGCAAGAAAAAGACAACGAAGGCAGCAUCUGUGCCAUCACCAGAUUGUGCUAUCAAGAUGCUAACGUCACCAGCGAUCAACUCGAAUCCAGGUGGUGGUCAUUUGGACGCUGGAACCACAAAUUCUACAGGAUCAUCGAACUCGCAGGACUCUUUCCCGGCUCCACCUGGCGGUGCACCGAACACAGCUAUCGAUGGUUAUACGGGAUACACUGGCGGUGGCGCCUAUCCAACACCUUCUGGGCCUCAACCGGACUACGGUGCAGCUGGGCAAAUGCAAAGGCCACCGUCGCAAAACAAUCCGCAGGCACCGCAUCCUGGCACUCAAAAUCAAACAGCCGCCGCUGUUGUUGCCGGUGAUAACAUAAAUGUGAGCAAUCCCUUUGAAGAUCCAAUUGCUGGCGGUGGGGCUGCUGGUGGUGGUGCUGCCGCUGCAGCUGCAGCUGCUGCCUCUGUUGGUGUUGGUGGACCAUCACAUGGUGCUCCACCACCGCCCCCACAUUCACCGCACACAGCGCCACAAUCAAACAAUCAACACCACCAACAAGGCAUUCCAACACAGUUGCCGCCACCAUCACAGCAGCAACCACCGGCGCCACCACCGCAGCAACAUGGUCCGCCAUCGACGCAGCAUGCGCGCCCUGCAGCUGGAGUACCUUAUCCACCAGGUAGCUCUGGGUAUCCAACGCCUGUGUCUAGAACGCCAGGUUCACCGUAUCCAACACAACCUGGUGCUUAUGGUCAAUAUGGUUCGGGCGAUCAGUAUAAUGCGGCUGGGCCACCGGGUCAGCAGUUUGGACCAAAUCAGGGACAAUAUCCGCCGCAGAAUCGCAAUAUGUACCCUCCUUAUGGGCCAGAAGGGGAAGCCCCUCCAGCUGGUGCUAAUCAGUACGGUCCGUAUGGAAAUCGACCUUACAGUCAAGCACCACCCGGUGGACCGCAGCCACCGACGCAAGCCGUUGCAGGGGGACCGCCAGCAAGCGGAGCGCCCGGCGCGCCACCAAAUAGCGGUUAUGCACCCGGCACUCCCAACCAGCAGGAUUAUUACAGGCCUCCAGAUCAAAGUCCCCAGCCGCGACGGCAUCCUGAUUUUAUAAAAGACUCGCAGCCCUAUUCUGGCUAUGCGGCGAGGCCCCAGCUCUAUGGUGGUUGGCAAGGUGGAAACCAACAAUAUCGUGCUCAGUAUCCCACAUCGUCAGCGCCACAGUCCUGGGGCAAUGCGCCACCUCGAGGUGCUGCUCCACCUGGAGGACCACAUGGUCCACACGGCCAGCAGCCCGCAGGCGUGGCACAGUGGGAGCAACAUCGUUAUCCACCACAACAGCCUCCACCACCACCGCAGCAACAGCAACCGCCGUACCAGCAGGGCGCACCUCCCGGGCAACAGCAACAGCAGACGCCGCCACAAUGGGCGCAAAUAAAUGCGACGCCACCACAGCCGAAUAUAGCGCAACCAGGCUCAUCGUUGCGUCCGCCUCUUGGAGGUGCUCAGCAGCAGCAACAACGACUACCCAGCGGACUGCCCGUCAUGUCACCACAACAGCAACAGGGACAAACGUUACCACAGCCACCGCACAGCAAUGUGCCACCAUCGAGUAUGCCGCCCGUGGCCGGAGGUUUGGCGAAACCUCCUUAUGCUAUGCCACCGCCAUCGCAAGCUGGAGGCGUUCUACCCGGUGUCCCAAUGGUUGGCACCCCGCCUGGGAGCAUGAUUCCGCAAAAGCAGCCACCGAUCGUUGGACAGGGCAUGCAGCCGACGCAACCACCACACCAGAUGCCAAACCAGCAGCCAGUCUAUGCGGCUCAGGUUCCUGGUGCGCCUGGUUCCCAGCUUGUGAAGAAGGAGCUCAUCUUUCCGCACGACAGCGUAGAGUCAACAACACCUGUGCUUUAUCGUCGCAAGCGAUUGACCAAAGCUGAUGUUUGUCCUGUGGAUCCGUGGCGGAUUUUCAUGGCUAUGCGUUCGGGUCUACUCACCGAGUGCACAUGGGCAUUGGAUGUGCUGAAUGUGCUGCUUUUUGACGAUGCCACCGUACAAUUCUUUGGCAUAUCAAAUUUGCCUGGUUUGUUAACGCUGCUGCUAGAACACUUUCAGAAGAAUCUUGCUGAAAUGUUUGACGAACGUGGCGAGGAGUCGAUCGAUGAGGCCGAUGAUGAUGCCGACAGUGGCACCGUCAUUUCGCUACAGGCCGAGGAUCGGUUGAGGCGACGACAGCCUCGCUGUGUGCGCAGCAUAUGCAGCUACAACCGUCGCAGACACUAUGAGAAUAUGGAUGUGAAACGCGGUGGUCGUAGCGAGGAUUCCGACGAUGCGGACGAGGGCAUCGAUUUGGGUCAAGUUCGUGUGCAGCCCAACCCUGAAGAGCGUUCACUACUUCUGUCAUUCACGCCUAACUAUACAAUGGUGACGCGGAAAGGAGUUCCCGUGCGGAUUCAGACAGCCGAUCACGAUAUCUUCGUGGAUGAGCGCCAGAAAGCUUGGGAUAUUGACACAAAUAAAUUGUACGAACAGCUGGAGCCAGUUGGCAGCAAUGCUUGGACAUAUGGGUUUACGGAACCCGAUCCACUCGAUGGCAUUAUCGAUGUGUUCAAAUCGGAGAUUGUUAACAUUCCAUUUGCGCGAUACGUACGUACUAAACACAAGGGCAAAUCCACGGAGGAGAGCGCACAGAAAACCAAUAGCCUCAGACCCCAAGACGAGGAGACGUCGGCGGCCAUGAUCAAGCAGGAGGACACCACCAACAGCAGCAGCCCCGAGGAUAGCAGUUUGCUCCAGCAGACGUACAACAAGAAGCGACGACUGGUUAGCAGUAGUGGCACAACAACCUGUGUCGAACUGAAAAAGUCCAAAUUGGAGGAUGAAUUCGCACAGCCAGUGCUUGAGGUGAAGAAGGAACCGGAGAGUGAUACGGCGGCAGCAGGAACGGCGGACAGUGAUUGCCGACCCGUUGAUAUGGAGAUCGAAUCACCGCAACAGCAACGUCUGACCAAUGGAGUCGCCCCGCAGCCCAAGGGAUUUGAUCCCAAGUCAACAGUGCGCGAUGAAGCGCAUGUGCUGCAACGACGUCGUGACUCAAGCUUCGAGGAUGAAUGCUAUACGCGAGAUGAAGCAUCCUUAUACCUGGUUAACGAUAGCCAGGACUCUCUGGCACGUCGCUGCAUUGCGCUCUCGAAUAUCUUUCGCAAUUUGACAUUUGUGCCCGGCAACGAGACGGUGUUAGCCAAGUCGACACGGUUUCUGGCCGUGCUCGGUCGCCUGCUGCUGUUAAAUCACGAUCAUUUGCGACGCACACCCAAGACCCGCAACUAUGAUCGUGAGGAGGACUCAGAUUUUACCGACUCCUGCAGCUCCCUUCAGGGUGAACGGGAAUGGUGGUGGGAAUACUUGAUUACCAUUCGCGAAAAUAUGCUCGUGUCCAUGGCUAAUAUAGCUGGUCACUUGGAGCUAUCGCGCUAUGAUGAAUUGAUUGCGCGCCCACUCAUCGAUGGACUGCUUCACUGGGCGGUUUGCCCGAGUGCACACGGCCAGGAUCCGUUCCCAUCGUGUGGUCCCAACUCGGCGUUAUCGCCACAACGACUUGCACUGGAAGCGCUUUGCAAACUGUGUGUUACAGACGCGAAUGUGGAUUUGGUAAUUGCGACGCCCCCAUUUUCACGGCUGGAAAAACUAUGCGCUGUGCUGACGCGACACUUGUGUCGGAAUGAGGAUCAAGUGCUGCGCGAGUUCUCCGUCAAUUUGCUACACUACCUGGCCGCAGCAGACAGCGCCAUGGCACGGACUGUGGCACUGCAGUCGCCUUGCAUUUCUUAUUUGGUGGCAUUCAUUGAGCAGGCAGAGCAAACAGCUUUGGGCGUGGCCAAUCAACAUGGCAUCAACUAUCUGCGCGAGAAUCCUGAUUCUAUGGGCACCAGCUUGGACAUGCUGAGGCGAGCAGCUGGCACAUUACUGCAUUUGGCCAAGCAUCCAGAUAAUAGAUCUCUGUUUAUGCAGCAGGAGCAGCGACUACUUGGACUUGUUAUGUCGCACAUAUUGGAUCAGCAAGUAGCAUUGAUUAUAUCGAGAGUUUUGUAUCAAGUAUCCCGCGGCACAGGCCCCAUGCACUCGGUUGAGUACCGGUUGCUUCAGCAGCGUCAACAGCAACAACAACGUUCCAGCCUUGCCGCAACUGAGAAAUCAAUAGCGCCAACAACAACUGCAUCAGCAGCAACACCAGGAGCUGGAGCAUCAACAGCAGCAGGAGUUGCAGCCGGUGCAAGUGUAGUGAAAAGCGAAACGAAUGUGCAACCAGAUCAACCUGUUGUUGAUGCGAAGCCAACGGCAACUGCUGCAGUCACAACGGCAACAAUAGCUGUGAUCAACGAUGACAGCAGCAAUAGCAGCCAACAACUGCCUCCAGCGGCAACAUUCAAUGAUGUCAGCAACAGCAGUACGAACAGCAACAGUUGCGGCACCGUCAGCAGCAAUCAGACCAACACUAGCAGUUUGGGCAGCAAUAGUCAAACGACACUCAACAAUUUGGUGACACAAAGCGAACAGCAACAGCAGCAGCCAUUGGGUAAAACAGCACCUUCCGCCGUAGCAACAACAUCGCCAUUAUCAGCGAGCAAUUUAGGCAACCUGAAUGUGGCAGCGGCAACAGCAGCGAACUCAGCACCUCCAGCACCUGUGGCUCAGCCGGCGGCUCCACCGCCAACGAAUGCCAAUACAACCGCAGCCGUUGCGUAGUACACAACAAUGCUACCAGCAACGUCUUACUACUGGUAACGUGAUGCAGGAGCAGAAAGACGAGCAGUCAAUCGAAGAAUGGAUGGGUGAUGCUAGAGAUAGAGAUGGGCUAUAAGAAACUACAAGGAAUGCAAGCACACACAUAAUACGUUAACGUUAUAUAUACACUUAUAUACUGGUAGAAUUUGAAUUGCGAUGAUGUAAUCAAAUGUAAUGUAAAUUAACUAAAUGAUUAAUGAUUAAUGGUAAUGAAAAGAUUAAGGACAUGAUUGCAAGAUAACACGAUCUGCGUCGAAGCAUAAGAUGAGAAGGCGAAUCACUGAUGAUAAUGAUAAUUAGCAUAACAACAAAAUUGUAUAUGCUAAACAUAAACGUAAAUGUUAACGUAAACUUAAAAUUAAUUAACUUGAAAUUUAGAAAAGCUUCAAGAAUAACACACAAUAACUGUAUAUUUUUCCACUUAAGUCUAUAGUUAAUAUAAAAAAAAAAGAAAAAUAAGAAAGAAAAUCAAUAUUACCGCGAGAAAAACAACUAAAAACAAGAGGAAAGUAGGGAGAUAGAAGGAAAGUAUAAAAAACGGUCGGUCUGGCGUUAAGAAUAGCCCCCGUUCAAAUUUUAGCAAUGAAUUUUCAACGUCAAACUUAAGGCAGAAAGGAGGCGGAGGUUUAAUUGCAUUCAGAGAUAGAUGCAUGCGUACAGGUUAAGCACACAAUAUACUUACAUAUGUAUUAAAUUAAAUGAUUAAAUAUUAACUAACUAAAACUCACACACACAUAUGCGCAUAUGCUAAAUAUACAUACAUACACGGGGUAUAUGAUAAAUUGUAUUGUGUUACUUUUAUUUAUAUCUAUUGCAAUAUGUACAUAUAAAUGCAAGUAAUACAAUACACAAUGAUUGAUUGAUAACAACACAUGAUGAUGCAUGUUAAUAAAUAAAAAUAUAUAUACAUAAAUAUAAAUAAAGGUUAGUUUUAAAAUUCUACAACAUACUACUUAUAAUAAUAAUUAUAAUACAAUAUGUCAUUUAAAGUCAUAUAGUGAACAUAAACCUAACACCAUAUGCAUAUGUAUGUGUAUAUAUGCAACAUCUUUAAGAACUAUGUAAUACAAUUAUACGGAUAUUUAUGUGUGGAUAUUGUGAAAUUUGAAUGCAGAAAUUAUGCAAACACAUAUACAAUACAAAUUAAAAACGAAAAAAAAACGCGAUAAAAAAAACGAAAAUUGUACAUACUUAACUAUUUUGUAAAUUAUAUCUGUAUUUUGUAUUUUGUUUCCAUAUUGCGCGUUGCUGCCGCAGGCCACAUGUCAUUUCGUAUUAUGAAUGCUAGCGGGUGUGCGUGUGUGCUGAGUGUAUGUAUGUGAUCUAGUGUGUGAGAGAGUUUGUAUGCGAUGUAGGCGAAUAAUUCAAAUUUGUGACAUUUUAUUUAACUUUAUAUUUUUGGAUGAUCAUCAAUUGCAACAGCAAGAACAACACACACACACACACGCGUGAAGCAUUAGAGAAAAUAAGGCACACAUCGAGCACUUAAUGUUGUAAUUUUUAUAUUGUUUGUAUUAUUAUUUUUUUGAAAGUGCUGCUGGAACAAGGUUUAAUUUUAUAUUGAACAUAAUUUAGGCGUAAAUGACAAGCUUAACUCAUAAGUUUUUUAUCGUAAUCUUAAUUUAACAAAUAUUCAAUCUUAAAGAAAUACAGUACAUUAAAAGAAACGAUUUCAAAAUCAAUACGAACUAAGCUAUAUAGAAGCACGCAAAAUUAACUAAAACCAUGCUUUAUAUUACAACAACAAACAAGAAAGCGUGAAACCAAUAGAAAACAAAACAAAAAAAAAAAACAAAGUAACAAUUGCAAAAUCAUCGAGCACCUGAAAA